AUGGGUGAGUUUUCCAUGAUGUGGCGCUUGUGAUGUCCGUUUAAUGCCAACUGCUCCUUCUUUCCGGUUUGACAUUCAAAGCAAGUUAAACACACACGAAGCACCAACGGGUCCGUGACUUCAGCGUCCCUCCCAGCGUUAGUCUUAAUUGAGACAAAGUUAGCAAUGUAGGAAGCUAGUUGGUUAGCCUAGCUAGCUAGCCAUCCAGUUAACUGGAUAACGCCACCUACAUCCUCGGAUUUGGCUGCACGUCGAUCUAAUGUAAACACGAGCUGCCCCGUUGUUAACAAGACCUAUUUAGAACAUAUUACGUCCAGAAAGCAUUAUAUUCACAUAAUAUAGUCAAUAUGAUCGUAUAAAUGUCUUUAGUCUUGUCUAACUGUACUGCGACGUUGAAAAGUUGGGACCGUUUGCAACUUUGUAUAGAAAUGACAACACAGACCGGAUACUCCAGAUAUCAAGUAAAGAUUUACUUACUGUCGAGAUUAAAUACUUAUUUUUUUAAAGUUCGAUACCAAACCACCUCAGUUGUGUAGCACAUAUCGCAGUCAAUAACAAUUGGUGUCAGUCUUUUAGAAUUUCAACACCUAAAUGCACACAGAAUUAUUAUUGUCUGCAGGGUCUGUUUUUGUUAUUAAACUAAUAAUACUGCGAGAACUAUAUUUAAAGGACUCUGACUGUGAUUGAUUUAGAUCUCUGCUGCAUAAAACAACAUCAUUCAGAGCAUAUUAGAGCAAAGAGUUUUUUAAAAAUCAAGUAGAGUUGUCAUCUUUGGUUAAAAUACACUAAACGUUGUUUAUUUUACAUACUAAACACUGCUUUUGUUCCGAACUUGCUGACUUAAAUUUAUAGGAAACACUCUGAUCCUUUGCGUAUUUAUAAACCUAUAAUGUAUGAUGAAACCUACCCUAUAAGACUGCGACCGUAAAUAGAGAACUACAUUUAAAGGAUUCUGACUGCUGCGUAAAAAUAAUCAUUCUGAGCACAUUAGAGCAAAGAGUCAUUUAACAAUCAAGUUAAGUUGUCAUCUUUGGUUAAAAAACAGUAAAAGUUGUUUAUUUUUACAUACUAAACUUGGCUACUGUUUCAAACUUGCUGACUUAAAUUUAUAGGAAGCGCUCUGAUCCUUGCAUAUUUGUAAACCUUUAAUGUAUUAUGAAACUUACCCCAUUAGACUGAGACUGUAAAUAGAGAACUACAUUUAAAGGAUUGUGACUGUGAUUGAUUGAACUCUGCUUCCUAAAACAACAUCAUUCUGAGCAUAUUAGAGCAAAGAGUCAUUUAACAGUCAAGUCGAAUUGUCAUCUUUUCUUAAAAUUCAGUAAAGGUUGCUUAUUUUAUAUACUAAACCCGGCUUUUGUUCCAAACUUGCUGACUUAAAUUUAUAGGAAGCUACCCUGAUCCCUUGCAUAUUUGUAAACCUUUAAUGUAUUAUGAAACGUACCCUCUGUAAGUCCACAGAUAUGCAGCCUAGGGUUGGUGGGGUGGUGUGCAUGAAGACUUGUUCAAGAGCUUUGCUAUGCUGUCAAACAGGUUUGAAGCUCAGCUUUGCUUAGCCUUCAUAUGUGCAAGGCAGUAGAUUUGUUGUUUUGACAGUAUCAGUCAAAGCAUUACUAGGAGCAUAACUACUCUGUAUUGUCUCUGUUAUACACUCAAAGCAAAAAAUUAUAGAAAUUACACUGUGAUAGACCAAAGGGGGUAUCACUGUAUUCUGAGUGCAAGGACAUUAAUAUUGAUGUCUUUUGACUAUUUGUUUCAAAAGACAAAAAGCAUCCCCACGUUGAAAAGUAUCCACCAAAAUAACUGUCUCUUUACAAGUAUUCAUGUCUGGGAUGAUAGAUUUUUCUGCUUAACUCUGCCUUGGAAUGGCUCUCUUGAAGGAGUUCAUAUCUGAGGAUACCUCAGCUGUGUUUGAACAUGUCCCAGCCGUGUGUACGUUUGUGUAUGUGUGCGAACAGCAUACACAAACCUCAUCUGGUUUGAUGUCACAACCCUGUGCUAACAGUCUUUCAGCAAUCUUGUAUUUUGAAUGUUGUAUCUUUCUUUUUUUUUUUUUUGUAUUUCUUUUGUAGGAAUUGGUGUUACCAUACUUUCAGAUUUUGAUAUGAUACUUAAACUUUUUGAUGCAGUUUUUGAAAUUGAUUUUAUUGAUAGCAAUACUGAAAGGGAUACCUUUUGAGUGGGAGAAAAUAUGAAAAACAAUCACCCAAAAAUAUCAUGGGAUUAGAAUUCAAAGAGCCACGAAGAGGAAAGACUGAAUUUUAUUAAAUUUAUGGGAUGUUUGUACUUUGUAAAACUUGGAUAAACUCUCUUGCAGUAAGUGUUUAGCAGUGUUGCAGAUGAUUGAGGCAACUUCUUUUUGUCCUCGGUCUCUAUCAAAUCCUCAGGCCGAGUUGUUUAAGUGACUGUAUCGUCACAAAUUGUGCCUUUAGCUUCUUGUUUUACAUGUUCAAAGGUGCCAUCACACUAUGCCUCACUUUCACUCUGCUAUGUUAACACGUUUGAGGAAGACUGUGAACAAAAAGUGUUGUGUGGGUGUGUGUGUGCUAAGGCUGUGCAUCAUAAUGCGCUGCAUCCUCAGCUCUUCUAUAUUGCUAUUUUUUCAUCAAUGACUACAAGCAGUCAGAUAAAUUGGAACUCCCUGUUUCAGGCGUUUUAAGACGUCCAAAAGUCCAUGCAAGCGCACAAUGAUUACAAGAAUAAUCUUAGGAAUUAGGAAUUACGGUGAGGUCAUCGCAUCUACUCAGGGUUCAGGCCCUAACAAAAAGAACCGAGUAUUGGUUCAAACUUUUUUUAGAGGAAUAUUCAAACCCCAUUUCAGAGUCAGAAUCAGAAUAUUUAUUGAUCCCAGGGAAAAUUCAGCAUUUUUGACCAUUUCUGACAGCUCUGGCAGUCAGCUCCUCUGUGUCAUCUGUUAUUUACCCACAGCAUUUGAGCAACUUAGGGCUACCUAGCUGCUAACAAAAAAAAAAAACAUUCUCAACUUGGGAUGGGGAUCAAUAACCGGGUCUAUGAAAUUCCUGAUGAAGCAUUAGUCAAAACCCCAUUCAAUCAUGUUUGAGCUUAUUGAGUCUGCUGUCAAGUCUUGAGAGUCAUGUGAAAUAAGCCCACGGUUUCCCCUACAUGCAAUUGAUCGUGGCGCACCACCACGGCUAGAUAAAAGCCGCCACACCUAAAAAAAUCUCACAUAGUUCUACCUCGGACUCAUAUGUAUCAGCAGUGUUUCCCCUACAUUCAUUCAGCAGCGGCGCACCGCUGAAUGAUUCUAUUCGCACUGUGUGAGCACAACAACACACAUCGUUAUUUCCAACUUGUUAUGAGUCACCAAGGAGUGCAUCAAAUCCUCCUCUAUCAAUGUGAAAGGUAACGUUCAAGCUUAUAUACACGGUCUAUAUAGCGAGUAGUUGGAGUUGGUAGUCAGUUGCAAUGAUGGCUGAACAUCGGAGGAGUUCCAAAGAAGGGCUAGACCCAUCAAUCAGUCGGCUGAUUAAUGUGACUGAUUAUUGGCAUUUUGACAUAAUUGGCAUCAUAUCACCAACAUCUUUUCCAAGUGAUAAUACAUCCGUCUUAUCCCUCUUUAACAGAUUAUCAAAUCCAAAAUAGUAAUUGAUUGGUGUUUUAAUCCAACAUUGUCGUGUAAGAUUUAGUAUUGACAACAAUAUCAGUAAUGUUUGUCAAUCUAUAGAAAAACCCAAUAUCCAUGUCUUUCCCUUGAUCCAUUUCAAAUCCCUCCAAAACACAUCACUGGCUAAGACAGCGAUGUAUAUUUGAUUCUAAUGUGUACGGAAUAAUUUAUCUGUACAUGACUUUUUUGCUAUAUUUUCACCCCAAUCUUUACCUUGUUAUUUUUCUUUCAAAGCAAUUCUGAAUUGCCUGACAGAAAUCCUAAAGUUAAUUUUUAAUCUUGGCAUAUUUUAUGAAAUAUUUUCUGGAUUUCAGCAAUUUUGUUUUUAAUUUUUUUGUAUUAUUUAAGUGAUGUAUUUUGUCAAGUGCAAAAACAAAAAACAAAACAACAUCACAAUGUAAUGCUGUGUUUGAAUUACCUCGGAAGUCAGAUGUCGGAGCAGAAAAUGACGUCACACCCGAGUUACCAGCGUUUCAGUCACCAAGUCGGAAAAAAACAAAAUCUAAGGCGGAAACAAGAUGGCUACAUCUGCCAAAGUUAUUUUAGUACUUGCCUUGUCCGAAUGUAACAUGCGCUAAAAUAACUUUUGGAGAUGUAGCCAUCUUGUUUCCGCCUCAGAUUUUGCUGUUUUCCGACUGGUAACUCUGGUGAGACGUAAUUUUCUGCUCCGACAUCUGAUUUCCGAGGUAACUCGAAAGCAGCAUAAUAUUGUAAUGUAAUUCUAGACCGUGCACUCAAUCAAGGAGCCACAAAGUCUGGUCUCUCUGAAUUUUUUUGCUUUAUAUUUUUCAUAUUUUGUCAUUUUUGUGAACCAAAAACAGUGGAUGUACCUCUGCUGUUCAUUUCUCUCCACUUGAUUCCAGCUGCAGUCCACAUCAAAUAUAAGACCCUGCUUCUUUCCUACAAACCAACAACAAAAACCACUCCUGCCUACCUAGAGUUCCUCAUUCAGGUCUACACUUGCUCCCGCUUGCAACACUGCCAAAGAAGGGGCCUAGGACUCCCAUUCCAACAAGUCCAAGUCCCCUGCCAGACUCUUCUCUUCUGAGUUCUCCCCUGGUGGUGGAAUAAGAUUUCCGACUCUCAGUAGAUCUGCAGAGCCCCUUAUGUACCUUUUAAGAAAAAUCUAAAGACUCAGGCCUUUAGGGAACACCUAAGCAGUUCAGCAUAGCCCAUCUCCUCUGUAGCCCCCUGGGGUAAAUGAUUGGUACAGCCACUCAUAUCCUACACAACCCUUUCCUACUUCUGAGAAACAAAGGCCCAGGACUUUGUGAACAAGUCAGCACUUAUUGUGCUGAAGAUGGUGAUGUAGAUGUUGAUGGUGAUUUGUUGUUAGUUCCUGUGAUGAUGACACCCCCUUACACACGCGCACACAUACAACAACAAACAAAAAUAUCUUCAUGUGAAUUGCCUUUUUGCAGAUGUGCAUCGCUUCAGAUGAAGAUGCUAAAAGGCAAUGCAACUGGAAACGUAUCUGUAAUAAAUAUAGAUACAUGGAUAGUGAAAUAAUGAUCACUCUGUGUCUGGAAACAGAGGUUAAUUAUUUCAGUUUUUUUUCCUUCUGCUCUCUGUCAGUAGGUGCUGUUUCUGAGCCCCUGAUCCAAUUAUUUCUUUAUUGAUUAAAGACUAGAUGUUUAGAUGGUCCCAACCUGGUACGAUACUAUGAUAUAGUACUGCUUAACAAAGACGGAUGGCUGAUUGAACAUUGUUCUUUGCUUUGCUGUCAGUUUCCACUGACUGCACCUUUUGUUCUGGUUUCACAGUUUUGUUUAUUUACCCAUCAGGGCUUGACAGUGCGACCAUAACUCGCAUUUGCGACUGAAAAUAGAUGUGUGCGAAUUGUAAGGCUAGGUAACAAAUGUUUUUUUAUGUAAAUACCGCAGUGAAGUUAGUUUUAGGUUGGAUAUUCAAUGGACAUUCACUGUGGAUCUACUGGUGUCUUCUCACUCACAUAACUGGGAAUAGCAACAGCAGCACGAUUAAAUCUACUCGGCUCCCUCACUGUCAACGUCGGGUGUUGAAUAAGGGACCAUCAAUAAAUUACCUGUUGAUAUUCUCAAAAAAGGCUGUUUUCCUUCAAUAGCUUCAAUGUCAUGUGACCAAUUGCCUUAAAAGUGAUUUCAAAUAAUAGUUCUUGUGGCGACCAAUAAGACACGCAUUAUUUGAUCAUUUUUCAUUGUGCCCCUAAAGUUCUUUGUGUGCUCCUUACUUUUUAACUCAGGAGCACAUGUGUGCCUUGUGAUAAAAGUUAGUGUCAAGCCCUGCCAAUUGACUAAAUACUUUUGGUGCAAGUGCAAGGUUGUUCACAUUCUUAGAAAUUAGCUUAAUGGUUGAAAAGUUAACAAAACUGUCAAAACUCAGUAAAUUAUAUAUCGGUAGAAUGAGGCAGAGAUGCCAUUUGACAGGCUUUUUGAUCCAUUACUCUCAGUCCUUUUAGUGAUUGUUGUUGGUUUGGCCUGACACCACUCAGCUGUGAAGCAAGAAAAUUGAGAAAAAAUCAUAGUAUGCAUACACUGCUUCUGACUAUGCAAAGAAUAUUAUCAUGCUGAAAUGUUUUGUAUCAGUAUCAAUUAUGAUCUUGAUAAAUGUUCAAUCAGUAUUAUAAACAGUUAUUAAUGCUUUGUUAAUGUCAGAUAAUCAUGAGUUUGUGCAUGACUCAGUCACAUAAAAGAUAACCUUACCAAAAUGCAACUGUCUAAGAUAUGAUUAUUAACUUGACUCACUGUUAGGGUCUAGUAUUACUUAAUCCUGAGAAUUAAUGAUGGCGCUUCAGGGUUAAGUCACCACAUGGUAAAAAAAAUUAUGUUAAUCAUUAAUCCAGACAGACUCACCCUGAAGCAACAACUGUGGAGCAAAUACAGUUAGCAUUUCACAUUAAAAGCAUCAGUAGUUUGAAAAAAGCUGUUUAUUCCAAAUUGUUUGUUGUUCUGUAUUUAGAAACAUGGGUCGAUGAAGACUGUCAAUUUGUUUACAUGUAGUUUAAAAAAUUAAUUUAUCGUAAUCGUCUGACUGAAACUGGAAUUUUUAAGUGCAUGUCAAGUUCGUGUGAUUAAAAUCGCACUGAUGUUGAACUCCUCAUAGCUGGACUUACAUAUCAGGAUAAUGUGGUUGGAUCGAUUGGUCGAUUUUCUCACAGGGGUACUCUUCUCAAAAAUAUGUGGCAUCUAAUACCUUAUUCCAGCCAUUUUAGUGAGUAUUUAUAUAUUUACUACAGUUUUUAGUGGAGAUUUAAUCAUUUAACAAGAAAACACACUAAUGUUUAAAACUGACGGAAACAUUUUGAAACCACUCCGAGUUCUACAUUUUGGCAUUUUGAUCUCUCUGUCAACAGUGACCUAGUGACAGCUGUCUGAUAUGAACCUCUUUACGUAGAGGGAAUAUCAUUGAUCUGCUAUUUUGUUCUGAUUGACCAUGGCAUCUGAUUCUUGAUACAUGAAGGCAGUUUAUUGAUCAGUCCAUCAGAGCUUGUUAGUGAAAGGUCAGAUUUUUUUUUUUUCAAAUUCUGUGAGAUUUCAGAGAGGAAAAAAAAGAGAGGCUGCAACAUUCUUAUGCACCAAGAUUCAAAGGUCCAAGACUGUGAGUUAACAUCUCAUGGAUUCAGCAGAUUCUCAUUUGAAGGAUAAAUCUUUUUUUUUUUUUUUGAUAGUAUGAAAAAGUUUGGCCAACUGAUGCACGGUUUUCUGAAUGGAUUCUUUGUAAAUAUCUGUUUUGACUCUACUUCUAUAGCGUGUUUCUGUUCAUAUAGGUACACACAUUUUUUUUCACAGUACUACUCAUUUAGUCUCAAAUUCAGCUUCCUAUUUACUCAGAGGUGUUUUGAUAUCAUGUUGUUGGGAUCAAGCUGGCUCCGUUUUGGUCUUCUACAGCUCUUGAUGUAAAGAUUCACGCAUCUGCACUUUUUGUAUGCUAUGAUAUUUGUGUAAAAGAGUUAAGGUCCAUUCACACCAGGACCGUUUUUGUCGUGUUUUGCAUCUGACUGUCUGAGAUUUAAGUUUCUACUGCGAUUUUUCACAGUGAACUUUAUCUUGAAAAUAAUCAAGUCAGUCAUCUUUUUUUAUUGUCUUUUUUUAUGAGCAGGGAAGUUUUUACCACAUGACAAACAACCACAUGCUCAGGCCAUUUCUGUAUGUGCUUUGUACAUCAUGGGUUUCUUCUCACAGUCUGCAGAAAUGCACUCACAGGCAGAGAAAUGUUUCCUGCAACUGCUGUGAGAGUGUUUGCAAAGAUGAUGUGUGUACACGGACUGCAGGAGAAGCAUGUACUACUAUCCGACAUACAUGGACAGAAAUUUAACAUACUUGUCUGUGAACUGAAUUUAUUCUCAGGAGAUCCAGUGUCAUUUUACCGCCAUAGUGUAAAUGUGACAAGUAACUGAAGUGCCUCGACUGGUCAGAAAGACAAGAAUGUUGUUAUAUCAUUUAAGUGCAGGUCUUUUACUAUUAAUCAUUUACCGAAAUUGAGUUUUGGAAUGACAUCAACUAGUUCCUGGUUGCUGAAUGCAUUCCAGUUUAACAAGAACAGCUCUUUGGUGUCUAUAUAAAGAAACUGAUGACGUGGUGACUUUAUUCCUGAAACUUUUAUAACCAAUUACCAUGUCUACAUUUAAAAAUAUGCGUCUGUAUGUUUUAAAGAUUUUUUUUUUAGGUUUGAUUUUAUUUAACCUGUCUUUAAGCAGGAGAAAUAGAACUCAUUGAGAUUUUUUUUUGAGUGUCCUAGCCAAAAUAGGCAGCAGCACUUACCACAGAGUUAAGACGGACAAAAAGCAGCCAGACACAUAUAUGUAUACUGUCCGGGGACCCAUCUUAAAUUGAGUUAUUCAUUGAGAGGUGGAGGUGGGGGCUCUAAUGUUUUUUUCUCAUUCAUGAAACGCUCAUGAAACGUCUGGUCAUCCUAGUAGAACUUCUCAGGCCAUCACAACCAACAUAAAUAUUGUUUAAUAGACAACUGGAAAACCCUUUGUUCUACUCUUGGAAAUGUCACAAUGGAAUUUUUUGAAUCUGUUUAACCCUCUCAUUCCUCUUUUCAACCUCUCCUUAUCUUGUUUGUUUCUCCCUUAUUCACUGCUUGUCCUUUCCUCAUCCUUUUUUCUGGACUCCUUAAUACCUCCUGACUCGUCUUGACCUGACUUUUCUUACAUCUCCCCCCUUUUUUAAUCAUCUACCUCAUUCUGUCUUGAAUAGAGGUUGUGGUGGAGUAUGAGUACGAAGCGCUCCAUGAGGACGAGCUGACGCUGCGACCAGGUGACGUCAUCAAGAACGUGCGGUGUAUAGAAGAGGAUGGCUGGAUGGAGGGAGAUCUCAAUGGGAAAAGAGGCCUGUUCCCUGACAACUUUGUCAAGGUGAGAUUCUUCUUUUUGUUCCACAAUUAAUCUUUAUUAUCUUUGAAUGUAAAACAGAACAAAUCCUGCAGAGCUCUUUGUUUCCUCUUUCGGAUAUCUGGCAGGAAAGUUGUAAGGCUCCAUGGGAAAUAUUCCAGCAGGCUAACUAUUCAUGUCUCCUUAUGUUUCAUAAAGUUGUUACCAAAGAGGGAGAGACAUGUGAGGAGAUGGAGGAUGGUUCAAAAGUUGAAGUGGCUGGAGCGGCAGCAGAAGUAGAUAAAGUUAAUGUGGGAGGGGCUGAGCAGCUUGUGGAGUAGUUACUGUCUAUUUAUCAUUAUUGAGGUGAACUGCUUAAUAUAUUGUGAUGUUGAUUUGGGGUCACAUUGCCCAGCCCUGGUUUAGCUUCAUCAAAGCUACUUUCAGAAACGAUAUUAUCCAUGCAAAUCGUAAUAAUAAUCAUAGUCAUUGAUAAUGUUGUUACUAUUAUUAUUUUAUUGCCUAAUAAACUGCAGGACAGAAAGAUUCAGAAGAUCUUUUGUACCAACAGCCAUUAGACUUUAUAACUCUUGUGUAAAUAGUAGAUAACUUUUUGAGAUAUAUUAUGUGAGACAACAAACAAUUGAAUUUCCCUUCAGGGUUUAAUAAAGUUAUUCUUAUUCUUCCUAUUUUUAAUUUCAUGGAAAGUCCCGUCUUUUUUAUUUAGACAGCUCUGUUGUGAUAUUUUGAGUUUUGUACACUUUUGUACACUAAAGAAAAUAAUAUUUUUUUUUUUUUUCUGGGAAGUUAUCAAAUGUAUCUCUUUUUUUUUUUAAUCACAGACAGAAAUAAGGUGUUUUCCUAGGUUGGUUAACUGACAAAAACAAGAAGUAGAGUCGAGAAAAGGGUUGACAAAUUCACAGUCUGUCUUAACUUGUCCCUCUCUCCUAAUCUAGGUUCCACCUUCUCUUUUAUAAUCUCAUUUAUUCUGCCCCUUUUACCCACUGUGUGUGCUGUUUAAGCUGUUUAGAGUGUACUGGCAGGAGUCAGCAGACUGACCUGGUGAUGAUGGUUAUCCUCAUGGGUUGAUAGUGUAGCUUAUUUGGGAAUCCCUUGCAUGUGUGUCUCUGGUAGGUGAACUCUACCCUGUGUGUUCACUGCUUUGAUGGCUGCUGGGCCGUAGUGAAUUUAUGUCACUGUGUCACUAUGCACAGGAGUGCACAGCCUGCUGCAGCAACAGGUGCACUUUCAGGUUAACAUGAUGUACUAAUCCUCAACAGUUUGAGCUGUGAGAUGAGAACUGGCCUUACCUGACUCAUUAAACAGAGCGCACUGCUGCUCCUUAGCUUUGCUGAAGGAGGAUGUAUCUUCAGUGGACUCUACCGUGCUGCAUCUUCCUUCAGCUGUGGACGUUUGUCAAGAGGUUGUUUAUUUGAACAAAAAGAUGGCUAUUGAAGGAAAUAUGUGACCCUAUCAUAUAUCGUUUUUCUAACCCUGUAAAAGCUGUUAGCCACUCCCUAAACUGGGUCUCAUUCAUGAAAUGUGAACAGAACAAAAUUUAUUGCAAAACCGCCAUUCAUCAGAAUUUCAGCAGCUCUGAUUUCUAUGUAGCAACUACAAAAUCUAGACCUGCCUCCAACCACUCGCAGAGUUUGUGCAAGUGAAGAAUUUACAGAAAUAUUACUUGUUAUUAUUGGAAAUUCUUGGUUGACGGUUGAAUUCAUCAUAAUCUCCAAUCCUCCUGAUUCUCCAUACACCCGCCCUGCUCAUAAGGGCUUUCAGCUCCCGCAUCCGUCUUCAGGAAGUCCACAUACGUUAGCGCUGAAUGUCCUUGCAAAUGGUGCCCAUGUGUUGGUUCCCAUAGGACCAGUCUGAUGUCUAUGGCAGUGGCCGGCCAGCCUCACACUCCUAGAUGCUACCUUCUUGCUGAGCCCCAGCAGUUGCCCAUACAGGGCCUUGUUGGUAAUGUGGAUGUUCUGGUCCACAUUCAGAACAGCUCGUAGCACCCAUCCAGAGAUUUCUGCAGGGUGGGUGUCAGGGUCCAGCUUUCACAGCCAUACAGGAGGAUGGACUACACAGUGGCAUGGAAUAGGUUCAGCUUUAUGUUUCUGGAGAGAUUUGAGCAUCACACUCUUGACAUACCAUUCAUAUUGUGAUCUGUUAUGUUUACAAUAGGCAGAUGCCUUUAAACAACACAAUUUAAACAUGAACCAAGAAAACAAAAUAUUGAACAUUUAGCGAAAUUUUUUGACAACAAGUAGAUCAAAGCUUCAGAUAAAGUUAGAAAUGUGAAAUGGGUCGUUUCAUAAGUGUGUUCAUCAUCCUGUCUGGCUCAGAAAUGACUUCGACAUAAUGUUUCCAACAUUAUUACCAAAACAUUUGUUGUUGAAGUUUGCUCCUGAAACGGUGUCAACACAAGUUCGAUCAUUUAAUUUACCAAAGCUGAGUAGAAUAAACAAUGGCACAACACUGACUGUAACAUCUGCAAUCAUACAAACAAUUCAAGGUUACUCUGUUCACUUAAGUUUUGGUGGAUUUGCGAGUAUUGGAAUGCAUCUUUGAGGGUUGAGAAGCUUGUCUCCAAAACAAAGUGAAUAUAAAUGUAAUAAAAACACUAAAUAACUAAUUGUUAUUAAUUUUCCUUUUUUUUUCAGGAAAUAAAGAAGGAAUCCAAAGAGGUCAAAGAAACAAAGACGGAGCAGAAAGAGGAGGCUUCUCAGCCCCAAAGAAGAGAGAAGAGUGCUGGUAAUGUGGCCAACCUGGUUCAGAGGAUGAGCACCAUCGGCAUUCCAACAGGGGGUUUUCAGCCACAGCCCCCAGCAGCUUCAAAGAGUAAGAUGCUGUUGAUUAGCUUGUUUCAUAUAUUAUAAUCUAGUAUUGUAAGUAAUGUUAUAUUACCUUGGUGUUCAGGAAGAGUGUGGUAUAUUUCAGUAAUGAAUCAGUCCAUGUUUCUGUCACUUAUUUGCAUUUUCUUACUAUCAACUUUAAUUGUUUGAGUUUGCUAAGGCUUCAACAAAUGGUUUAAUCAGAUGUAAGACUUGCUUGUGAAUAUUUGAUCAUCUAGGCUAGUGAAUCCAUAUUAACUUUCAUGCAUAUUCAUAUGUGUUGCGUACCUAGUCCAAACAAGUCUCUUGUAUGUGGAUAAUGUGGAUUCAAACAGAAGUUACAUCCUAAUGAGUUUGCAGUGCUAAUCCACUUGAACUUCUAUGAUGUGGACAUUUCAUUCAGCUGUAAAAUUCUGGAAAUCAAAAACAGGAUCUGAAUUCCUUUUAGAGGCUUAAGACUGCAGUGUGCGGUAUUGUUGCUCCGCCCCUUUCAUGCUUAUUGUUGUUGGCUUAUUACCGGUGUGGUUUGCAGUUUCAGCGACAGCCCUAUCUCUGUGUUUUGACAGAACCCUGUUGCGUUACCACUUAGCAGUCCAGUAAAGUUAGGUACAGCAGCAGGUACCAAGAGAUGCUAAAAAAGAUUGAGAGAAAUUUCGAUUAAAAUGAUUCAAGUGGGGAGGUCAUUUCAGUUCACUCGAGGUAGCUGUGUCUUUUAGACCAUUGAUAGGUCUUUCUUUUGUCAGAGUCAACUUGAUAGACAAUCGAAGAGUUCCUGUGUGGUGAGCUACCCUAUUGUUUGCACCCACUUCCUUACAUCCUCCUUGCCUUCACAGCUGUUCCAGUUUUUACAUUUUUAUAAGACUGAUAGUCAAACUUAAACAGAAUAGAAUCCGAAUGAGUUCUAUCGGCCAAGGUUGCGUACACAUAAAAGUAAUCUGACUCUGGUAAACUUUGUGCUCUAUAGACAAACAUUUAACAUUAAAUAUUAUAAAAAAUAUGUACAACACAAGGAUGAGUCAUCACAGAUGGAUGAUUGGCUGAUUAUUGUUUUCUGACUCAUCUCCACAGAGCCAAAGAGGAGGCAGUGCAAGGUUCUGUUCGACUACCAACAACAAAACGAAGAUGAGUUGGAACUAAAAACUGGAGACAUCAUAGACAUCACAGAAGAGGUAUCAAUGUCUGUAGCGGCUUGAUAGAUCGUCUGUGUAUCAAUUUUCUCAGCUUGUAUUGUGCAACUUUUUUCAUGUUUUCUUGUCCCUGCCCUAACUUGCUUAAAAAUGUGUUGCUGGUAUUAAAUUAAAAACAAGCUUCUUUUGUAUUAAACCACAUAUUUCUCUAGUUUUCUCAAUCUGUAAACAUCUGAUAUAUCAAUAUUUUUUACACUGUACCAAGUUUUCCAGAUUUGGGGUUGUCUUUAUGCAUAGCAUUAUGGGCAUUAAUUAAUAGGGAUGUCCCGAUACAAUAUUGAUAUCAGAUAUCGGUCCGAUAUCAGCAAAAAUUCAAAUACCGGAUUAUAUCGGCCUGCAUCUAGAAUCUUAGAUAUCACCGCUCUGAUACAGGCAGUCCAUUCCAGACUCCACUCCACAAUCAGUAUCAGCCAAUAUUGAAGGCUACAAUAUCGGUAUGGUAUCAGAGGUAGGAAAGUUGUAUCUGGACACCCCUACUAAUGAACUUAAGUAGUGAAACUAUUGACAAGGUUUGACAAAGACUUCCUCCCUUGAAGCACACAGGAACCUCAUAGAAUUUUUCCUCGUACAGGUGGAAGAGGGCUGGUGGAGUGGUUCCUUGAACGGCAAGACCGGACUGUUCCCCUCCAACUUUGUCAAAGAGCUGGAUUCCACUGGAGAAGAUGCGGAGACCAGUGACACUGCAGCAGAUGAGACAGGUUAGACCGAAAAAACUGACAAGCAGGACCUCAAUGAUGUGAGAAGUGCAGUAAAUAUACUCAGAAAGGUUUGAUGAAUAUUACAAAUUACACACUUUUCUUUUACAAUGUUUACUCUGCAGUCUCCUCUUUGUUUUCCCCCAAUUUCCCCAAAUGGAAUAUCAAGAAAGUAUAUCUUUUCUCUAUUAUUAUUACACAUGAUAUGAAAGUUAUGGUAAUGUCAGGUACAUUUGCUGCAGUUGACAGAGCUUGACCUGCUCUGAGUGGAAGCAAAUGUUUUAGGAUUUUUUUUUUAGAUGCACUUAACUUGAAAGGAAAGUUGUAAAAAAUGCUGGAAUUCAAGACAAUUGCUAUUAGCACAAAAGCAGGAAAUGGAUCAGCUUGUUUUGUCUAACACAGAUGGAAGCGGAGUAGAAAGCACCACCACUCCCACCUCCCCACAACCUGCCCAAGGGAACGGCGUCGCCCAGCCCAAAAAGAUACGAGGCAUCGGCUUUGGAGAUAUUUUCAAAGAGGGGUCGGUGAAAUUAAAAGCUCGACUACCAAGCCCUGAAAGAGACGAAAAGAAAGAGAGAGUAAGUAUGAUGCAAACAAAGGAAACACAGUGUUUGUCACUUAGAAAAGAUGUGUUAAAACUCCAAAAAUGUUGUGAUAUUUUAUUUGACCUCAGUGUUCCAUCACCUUUCCUGUUAACAACAGUCAGUAAGUGAUUAGAAACUGAUCCAAUGUGUCUUGAUUGUCUUGCUGUAACGAGCAGGGACAUCUCUUGAAAAAAGAGAUGGCAGUGUGUGUUGCUCCAAAUUCUGUAUGUACCUUUCAGCAUUAAUGGAGCCUUCACAGAUGUGCAAGUUACCUUUGAGAUGGGCACUAACACACCCCCAUACCAUCACAGAUCUUGGCUUUUUAACUUAGUGCUGAUAAGAAUUUGGAUGGUCCUUUUCCUCUUUAACCUGGAGGACGCCACAUCCAUGAUUUUCAAAAACAAUCUGAAAUGUAGACUCAUCGGACCACAGCACACUUUACCUUGAGAAAACCAGCUGUGUUUCUGGUGUUGUUGAUAUCUGGAUUUGGAUGUGCAUGAUAGAGUUUGAACUUGAACUUGAAGAUGAAGCAACUGACUGUGUUUACUGACGAUGGUUUUCUGAAGUGCUCCUGAGCCCACAUGCUGAUAUCCUCUACAAAAUGCUGUUGGUUUUUGAUGCAGUGCCACCCAGAUUCAGAUUUCUCUGAAUCUUUUGAUGAUAUUUUUGCCUUGCUGCUUACAUGCAGAGAUAUCUCUUGAUUCUCUGAAAUCCCUUAUGUCUUGUAAUUGUAUGAUGAGAAAUGUCAUUUUUAAACUAUUUGCUUAUACAGUUGCUCACAAAGUGGUGAACCUUUCCCCAUCCUUACUUGUCAACAACUGAGCCUUUCAGGGCCACUUCUUUUAUACCCACAAUCACGACACUCACCUGUUCCCAAUUAACCUGUUCACCUGUGGAAUUUUCCAAACAGGUGUUUUUCCAGCAUUCCUCAAUUUUUCCAGCCUUUUGUUGUUCCUGUCCCAACUUUUUUGUCCCCAGCUCAAAAUGAGUGACUAUUUGCAAGAUGUAACAUGAAGUUCUAAUAUUAGUACUGAAAGCUGAUUGGCUUCCCCAAGGUCCCCAAACUCAUCCAAUCAAAAUCCAAAAAGGCUUACAAUAUUACACUUCACAUCCAAUUAAGAAGAAAUGUAUAAAAGUUGAACUGUGCGUAAAAGUCUGAAAGAAAACUCUCUGAUAAACUCUCAUUUUUUUGAGCCAAACUUCAAUCUUUUCUAUCAGGUCUCUUCUGCUAAAUGCCAGUAAAUACAUCACACUGUACCUUUAAAAAUCUAACUCUGUGAUCUGAAACUCUCCUUUUUUCCCCUUCUCUCUUUUUACAACAGCCCUCACACUCUUUCACUACUAACAUAGCUUCUUUCACUCUCCUCCACUCCUCACAUACUACCACAUGUUGCAUGCUCUCCACACUAUCUACUUCACAGUCACGGGAUUCAUUAUGGAAGGCUAGACCUUCCGACAUAAUCCACUUACUUUCCCGCCUUCUACCUGCAGUUUUAUUUAUGCACACAAAGCAUUUUGCUUGUGACGGUUUGAAAGCUGACUGCUUUUGAAGUUUAUGAUGAUCCUCUGAUAAAAUCUGUAGCACCCGCCUGGUCCUUUUAUCAGGGUUGAAUCCAACACUCUGCAAAAACUCUUAUUAGUACCAUAGCCUAGCCUUUUUUUUUUUACUUUUUCUUCUUAUUGUCAAUAGUGCUGUUUAUUCUCAUGCCUCUCUUAUCUUCAAAACGCAUAUUAUAACAUUAGACAUCCACUGUAAAGCACAAAAGGUUCAAAUCUAGUCCUUUUCUGCUUUCUUUGUUCACUCCCAAUACUUCUUUUCCUCUCUACCAUCUACAAGCUCUACAUACUAACCCAUUGAUUAAUAGCACUAUUCAUAUUCAUUUAAACUCCCAGGAUUAAUGAUAAUAUAAUGAUUAUCCCCCUCAUUUGACUCCGACAAGAACUGCCAUAGACAGGGAAUCCACCACAUGAAGCAACAUAUCCAUUCAUGCAAGAAAUCUUUUCCAUCUGUAUGGUUUGCUUCAUUUUAGCCAAUCUCAUCAUUACCAUCUGCUGCAAAGCCUGCCCAUCCCAACGCAACAGACGCGCAGAGAGCAGAGGGGGACAGCAAAUCUAAAGGUAAAAAAAAAAACAUCUCUGAAAAAGACGCUUUGAUAUGAGGGUAAUGUAUUUCAUCCGCCCAAUGGUAGAAGCCAUUUUCCUCUAACGUUAUAGCCAAGGUCUGAAGUGCAAAUGCUGCUAUGUUUUACUGCAUGUUGUAAGUUCCAGGAUGCAAGGCUUUUCCUAAUAACAGGCAAUUAACACUUAGAUUUUUUGUAGAAGUUGCCCAUGUUUCAAAACAUGUGACUGUGAUGCUUUUUAGUCUCCAUCAUUCUCUCUCUCUUUCUGCAUCUCAAUCGAUCCUCCUUUGAAAUCACAACUUAGUCACUGUCUGCCACUGUCUAACUUGAGAUGGGUUCUGUUUAAGGUUUUUACCUGUUAAAAGGAAGUUUUUCAUUGUUUCUGUAACUUUCUAAAUUCUACAAACUGUUUCUGUAAUCAGAGUGGGUCUUACCUGACUAGAUACACCUCAGUUUUAUCUUGAUGUUGCGUCUUUAUAAUCAGUGAUCAAUUGUAAAAUAUUUCAUGGUCACUGGUAGGACAGCUACGGAAGACAAGCAUGGCAAUAGAUUGUUCUUUUUUUUAUUAAAGCACUUUUAUCUAGUGAUAAUGACUUAUUACCUCAUUAUCUUGACAUAAAGAUGAUUCUCUCUUAAAGGUGGGGUAGGCAGGAUCUGAGGAAGUGCCAGUUUUUGGGAGAAAUCUUGAAUGUAAACACUACCCCUCCCAACCAGUUUUCCCCUCAGCUCCUCCUCUCCCCUCCGUCUCUGCUCCAGGAAGCCCCACCCACAAACAGACACUCCCACUCGCUCGUAUCAUUCCAAUUAAAUUCAGAUAUAAUGCAGAUAAGUACUUCAGAUGAUUACAAAUGGAGCCCAGUCAACUUGAAAGUAAAAAGCAUUGGUUAGGGCUUUUUUAACUCUUGUCCAGGUGGUCUACUUCCUUUUUAAGCAUCUGUUCUUCCGCCAGAGUCUCCGGUAUUUACUCUAGUUUCUUGCUCGUGUUGGCAGUCGUGGCCAAAGGAGGAUUCAGACAAUGUUCCGUACUCUCUGGUUGGUUUCUACUGUCCGAUAUUGUAGCGCGCUAACUAUGUUUGGGCUCCCGAACGACACAGGGAGCAGUGUCCGCCUCACAACCAAUCAGGAUGGGGUUAGGCAGAGAACGGCUUUGUUUACAGUCAGAAAGAGCAGAGCGCUCAAAAAAUUUAAAAUGCUGACUACACAGACAUAACAAAACACAGCGAUAUCGUUGUAUUACCAAACGGUAUUUUAGCCCACCUAAAACAGUAACUUUUAAAAACGCCUUAUGGAGUGGGAUGUUUCUGAAACACCGCAGCCUUCACUGUUUCCAGUCUCUAACAUGUGUUUGUCCAACCAGUUGUCACAUUUUCAAAACCACAAACACAAUUAGCACAGCAUCAGUCUUUUGUGGCCAUAACAUUCACACAUUUCAUGUCGUUUUCACACAAUAUGCAGUCAGUGAACACAUUUUCACAGCGCUUAUAUUUUCUUAAAAGACAAUCUUUACCUCCCAACAAAAUUAUAGAUUGUUUUUUUUAUUAUUUACAAAUGUUAACACACAACUCCCACAAUAUGGUAAAGUGCUGCAUUAUCCUUAUAGCAGUAUCUGGGCUUCCCACCCUAAUAAUGGCAUAUGAGGAAAAUGGCUGCUAGUUGAAAAUUAUGAGGAGUGUAAACAAUAUGCUAAAACAACUUUAAAUAAUUUCUGCUUCUCUGUGUGAAUACCAUUGUAAUGAAUGCUCACACACAUAUUUAACAUGAUGUCGUGUUCUAUUUUUCUGUGAACCUGUGUUGUAACGGCAUACUUGUGUUUUCCCAGCAAAAGAGUACUGUAAAGUCACAUUUGCUUUCGAUUCUACAAAUGAGGAUGAGCUGAGCAUAAAGGAGGGGGACGUCAUCCACAUCCUAAGCAAGGUGAGUACCUCUGCCCUUUGUUGAGUGAUGAAAAAACUAAACAGGAGCUGGACUUAUUCUGUGGCUACAAUGGCUUUCCCCUGUGUUGGUACAAGGUUGUGUUCAGAGUUCAAGCUUCAAAUCAGCUGUACCAUCAUUUCAUUGAUUAAAGGGAUAUUUCUGUGUUUUUUAAAGCGGGGUUGUACUAUGGUACAGGUAUCUGGUCCAGCCUGUGGACUGUAUAGGGCGUUUCUAACGUAAUGUGCAAAAAAAGGCUUAUUCUAAGGUUAUUAUAGCACACUAAGGCAGGAAAUAGUUUCUGUGAUUUUGACUGUGUCUAAAUAUAACCCAUUUGAAAAGAAGGUGCAAAUCCAGGUGCCAAGUGUUGCACACAGAUGGCUGCAUAACAAUCCAAUUUUUCUUUGGUUUUCUCUCAUCCUUUCUUCUUUGUGCUCUUUCACUGUUGCCUCUAUUCAUUUUGCACACCUGCUGCCAGUCUACUGUCACUCCAAACACCUCAUAACAUAAACAAGUCAAACACGCCAGCCCUACUUCAAAACCCACGCCUCCCUAGUCCUUGCAUCUGACCUCAUUCACACAGUUUUUCUUGAUCGCUGACGCACACCUACAAAACAUUUAAUUUGAUUGGAUGAACACGCGGUUAAGUACUCCUUUUGUGAAAAGUUAAGCUCUAAGCGUAUAAAUCACAAUGGAUGUCGGUCACUGCUGCCUCUUGAAUGAGAAAUUGCAGGGAGAACCAGCUGGCUUGCAAGGCUAACAGUUCUAUACAGAUGUGAUCAAAUCUGUUAUGUAAUAUAGAAAAUUUUGAGAGACCAAACCCAAGCACUUAUCUCAGUUCAAAUGUACAAUCUCCACACUUUUCUCCGCUUAUAGAAAGUUAAUUUGUUUUUGCAGGUAACCUCGGGUAACACUAAAAGCAGAUGAUAAACAGAUGUAUAGUAAUGAGCUGAGAUGGCAUGUCGCCACCUACUGUUGCAGCGGCAGACAUGCUUCUGACAAGAAUAAAAUUUUGACUGUAGCUGGACUUAACUGUGUUUGUAAAUGGACAGAGUCUGACUGAAGCAGACAGCUGGCGGUCCUUCAGGAGCUCGUGAGCAUACACUGCACCUGGAGCGGAACGCCUGAUUCCACAGAGAAAACAAUUAACCAGCUGUGUUAUACUGCAAUAUCUCAAACUGGAGUUUAAACUCUUGUUGAGCAUGUUGAAGUGAGCUGUGAGCUACUCGUGUUGUGGUAUGCUGGAACCGGCUGGGUAUGUUGAACUGGCUGGGUAUGUUGGACUGGUUUCAUGGUACAACACUCUGGUCUAUUGAGCCUGUAGACACAAAAAUAGGAAGAGUGCAGAAAAACUUUGGUUUCGCUAAUAGACUGUAUGAUACAUGAUUGUAGUGUCGGUGUUAUCAUCCAUCUGUUGUUGGUGGUGGUCAUCGUAAUGGAAAUGCUGACUCCACCUAACUUUUAUCUGGUUGACCUACCAGAGGCAGGCCUUUAGCCUCGCUGCAAACAGCUACAGUGUGCCCGACUGUCAGUCAAACUAGCCGUGCCUCAGCUUCACUAAUCUCAUCACCUCAGAAUCUUCAAAACAAAUAAAAAUUCAAUCCCCACACAGAUGGUGCCUGAGUUUAUCAGACAUAUCUCUAUUUUUGCUCUAGAAAUGAGGUGAAUUUGUGUGGACAUGGUUUAUGAUGCUUCUGCAGCCAGUCUUGUUUUGCCACUUUUGGCUUCCCUACAUCUGCUUCAUUCCUCAAAACCAGAGUUUGCUGCUUGGUUUUACCUGGAAACAGAUGUUUUUCACAAAAUUCUGGAGCUAGUUUUGUUGGUGUGGCAAAUAAAUGUCUUUAUCGUAUAUUAUAAAAUGAUUUUGAUGAUUAUUUUAAAAAGAUUUGUGUAACCCUUUUAAAGCUGCUCCUUAAAAGCAAAACCACACUUGGUCAUUUUGUUUGAGUGAACAACAUGCUGUGAUUAGCCUACUUUUGGUACUACGGCACAGCCUCAAGUAUAUUUCCAAUCAAAACUGGGCUGAUAGUCAGCACAACACUCCCUUUUGAGAUACAUUACUUUUAAGUAAACUUUUAAGUAAAUCCUGAUCUACAUUUUGCCUUGCCAUCUGUUUCUUAGCCUUUCUUAUCCAUGCCCGACCCUGUAAAACUCCAAGCAGAGUAGUGACACAGCCUUUUGCUCUGAGAGACCAUGCUUUUUUGGACAGGUAGCACCAUCUGUUGGACACAGCAGAGAAGUGCGUGUAAGAAAUGAUGGGAUAUGUUUUUGUUUUGCUUUGUUGAGCCUUUUUCUCAAUAUUUUUUUUUUUUACAUUUUAGAAAUCUUUAUUCAUCUCCCUUUAUACAACAAUGUUUAUUUAACUCGUAUGAGGAAAGGAAAAGGGUGCUCUGUAAACGUUUUCAUCUUCUGAAUUUGCUUCUUGCUGUUAAAUAAAAUUAUGAAGAAAAUUUUGAUGAAAAAUUAAACUGUAUCCAGGUAAUUAAAUCUUCACUCUGUUGUAUGUGCUAUGUGUCAGGACACAGGAGAGCCCGGUUGGUGGCGAGGGGAAACUGGGGGCAGACAAGGUGUUUUCCCCGACAACUUUGUUGUCAUGCUGUCUGAGGCAGAAAAAGAGGUGAGAUUGAAUAGCAAAUCAUCUAAAUGAUAGCAGAUCCUUAAUUCAGGAUUAGUUUCUCAUCCUGUCUUUUAUGUCAUUUUGGGAUCUAUAAAGAUAUGUUGAGCAUUAUUAACUAUUCUAACCUUAUUAACAUGUUGUAUCAAAGCAGGUGCAAAAGAAAAAAGUAAUUUGUAUAAUAAUUCAUAUGAAAUUAAAAUAUAAAUAAUUAUAUAAAAUAAUCAUUUUAAUAAUAAUAAUGAUAAUGAUGGUAAUAAUAAUAAUAAUAGUUAUUAUUAUUAUUAUUAUUUUAAGAAUAAUGAUAACAAUAAUAGUUCAAAGUAAUUAAUGUCUCAUCCCUAAUUUGCUCUGUAUUUUCAUGUGAAGGUUCUUUCUUCUGUGAUAAUAGACUUAGAUUUGAGUAUGUAUUACAAAUAUAUAUAUAUACCUGAUCUUUUUAACUGUGUUUUCAUGCUUGUAUUGCAGACUUUCGCAUCAAGAGGGUCAUUGAAAUCAUCAUUUAAGCAGGAUUCAGAGGAGGUAAGCUAUGACUGUCCCCCACAGAAGAGGACUAAAAUAUGCUAAUCAAUACUGUGCUCCAAAGAACAUUAUGAUCAGGUAUUUUGCACAGAGUUAGUUCUACAGUCUUAGAAGGAAAAUAUGAGUGCUUCUUCAAGUCUGAAGAAACAAAAAUGAACCUCUAAGUGGUCACUGAAAACACCACAGGUUGAACACUCAUGUUUGGAGCUGUCCCUUUGUGAUCAGCUUACCCCGGGUGCAUGUUCACACCAGGUUAUUUCCUUGCUAUAGAAAGUGGGUGCUGGAAGAAGAUCUAUUGAUUUUAAUGGUUGUAACCUUCUAACUAACCUAUUCUUUUUUUAUCUCUGCUUUCCCUCCUUGUAAGAAGCCAAAGAAGCCACCUCCACCAUCAAAAAGCAUAGGUAAGCCUACUCAGUGUGAGCACCUCAGUAGUAGAAAAUGUUGCUACUUGAUGUGUCAGGUUUUUUUCCAGACAAAUCUAUGUUUUCAUGUCAAACACAAUGUACGUUUUCUUGCUUCAGAAUCACAAAAAUGCAUUAACAGCUGCUCUAAUUGUAGAAUUUAAUUUUCCUGUUUACAGAUCAGCAUAUUUCAUCAUAGGAGACUAUAUGCUUGAAAAUAAAUUCAUGCUUCAUUCUUAAUUCAUUCUUGACCAGGCAGGAGAACAGAUAAUCCUUCACAUCCCAGCCCUCACUCGUUACCUCAGGUGUGCCCCAGGGCUCUGUCCUGGGGCCCCUCCCUUUUAUCACCUACCUCCAUCCCCUUGGCAAUUUUAUCUGCAAAUUCAACCUCCACUUUCACUGCUUCACGGACAAGAACCAGCUCUACCUCUCUAGCAAACCCAAUUCCUCACCCCCACCCCCUCCCUCACCAACUGCCCAUCUGGAAUUAAAUCCCGGUACACCUCAAAAUUUCUUAAAUUAAACAGCGGCUAAGCAGACGUCUUCCUCAUUGGCACAAAAGCUCCUCAGUCUCCUCCUCAUAACAGAUUAAAAGUCUGGGUGUCAUCCUCCACAGUACCCUAUCAUUCUAAGCUCACAUCUAUUUUAUUGCCUGGUCGCCAUAUUUCCAUCGAUGCAACAUCAAUCACCCCCCAUGCAAUGCUGUUUUAAUCAUAAAACUGUGUAAGGAAACAAAAUUGCUCUCUGUGGAUUCUUGCACUUGUCAGGUAAGACAGAUAUGUUUAAUUUUUCAGCUCCUAAACCAGAUGUUCCGAGUGCUGACAGGAAACCUCAUCUCCACAGAUCAGAUGAUAAAGGUAGGACUGUUAGUUUAACCCUUCCACACCUUCAGUUUUUAUUUUUUCAAACUGCUGCUAAACUGGGUUAGGGAUUUACACCAAAUUUCAUCUGUAUUUCUUUUUUUAUCACUCCUACUUUUCCUCUAUUUCAGUUGACAAACCUACACCAGAUCACAGGCCAUCCAAGCCUGCACCUAUCGUCCCACCCAAGAAACCAGUCCCUCCUGGUAAAAGCAGACCAGGAAGCAUUCCACCAAAAAGGCCUGACAAGCCUCUUGCCCCCUCACCAAACCUCAGGUUAGUCUGUUAUCCCUGCUGUUUCCCUAUCAGUACUGAAGUUAAUUUUAUGAAAGCCACUUCAUUAUCACUGAGAUUACUGCUUCAGCAUAACCGCUGUCAAGACCUAUCUAAAUGGUUAAAUUCUUCUAAACUUGCUUCUGGUAUAUCCUUUGCCCAACGUCUACGCUAAAAGCUGUUGUCAUGGAGGGACAUUAUUCAUGAUUGAACAGAAAAUAGUUUUUGGGGAUCUUAAAAUACUUUUACAGCCACCAAACGUGGUGCUUAUGAGCCCAGUGAAGCAAUCGUAUGUUUCAGUUCACACUUUGGCAGUCUACCAUAUCAAGUUUUGGUAAAAUUACACCAACUUUGCAUGGAUCCUUGCAGAAUUAAUGAUUCAAACCACUUCAUCUUUGUUGACAGAUAGAAGAGACUUUCUCGACUUCAGGAAAAGACGGUUAUAUUAAAAGAUGAGCUUCACAAUCAUGUUGGGUUUCAGACAAACAGACAGAAAUUUAGCAUUUUUUGCUAUUGUGAGAAAAUGACUGCAGUAGAUAUAAACUGGGACUGUUCUAUGUACUUCAAAUUACAACACCAAAAUGUGUAACAAACCAUAACUUUUGCUGAGGUGUGUCAUUGCUGCUCGCAUCAUACAUUUCUGCUUGUCCUCUCAAUUUUUUUCCCUUUUGUCUGCAGACACAACGGAGAGGUGCCUUCAACUCGAACGAAAUCUGAGUUCGACCCAAUAUUGCCCACAAAGCCCAAAACACUAUCUGGGGAAUGGGUUGAGAAGCCCUCAGAGAUAGGUAUGUAUAGUAUGGCCAGCAGACUGUCAGAAAAUUAAACAGCGUCUGAUACAUUUUGUCCGAGAUUAUUCAUGUAGAUAGUGACCAAAAGGGGGCCUAAAACCGAGCCCUGCAGCACACCUUUAUGGAUAGUUACAAUAUCAGAUUAGAGUCCAUGAAGAUAGUUUGAAAACCAAGCAACUGCAUUUUUACAGAGUUCAACACCCAAGAGUCUGAACUUUAAAAGCUCAUGGUUGAAUGUUUCAGGGUCUCAGACAGACAGAUCUGAUAAAAGAAAUAGUCCUUUUAUUUUACCUUUACUGAAGGAGGUCCUCGUACAAGCUCUUUUCAAAUUGGUACAAAGCAGAUGGCAGCUCUGUUUCAGAUGUGUCCAAUUAAUGUUCACCUUGAAUUUUGUGAGCAUUCAUUCUUUUAACUGAAAUCAUUUUUUUAUCCUCAGCUUCUUCACUUUUUGAUGGUCAAUAAGUUUCUAUUAGUGCAGCUCAACACUUUAAGUACUUAGUCUUUCACUUAAGAAAAUAUGACAUUACUUAAAAGGCUCAGAGAGUAAGACACAAUGCAUUGGUAAUUUCAAAUCAAUACUGAAGGAAUCUUGUUGGUGUCAGUUUUGGACUUAAGUUCAUACAGCAAGGAAUGUUAUGUUCCCUAAAUAUUAGCUCUACACUUUAAAAAAACAAUUGAUUGAGCCAAAGAGAAAACUCAAGUUAACUCUUUGAAUCAGGGUUCCUACGCAAGUAUGAAAAAUAUGGAAGUAAUUUGAUCAAUUUCCAGGUCUUAGAAAGUAUGGUAAAUGAAAAAUAAGUGUGAAAAAAUAUUUUCCAGACUAUUACUACAGUAAAAAAAAUACUGUUUUCUAAAAUAGAAAAGUAGGUAUUUCCAAAAAUAAUUCUAAAUAGUACUGUAUGGAAAAGUAUGGAAAUUCCAACUGUGUAUAGAAAGUCUCUGCAUUUAAAGUGUACAAUAUAUUGUUAGGGUCGAAAUUUUUAUGUUUAUCUUUUGUCUGUUUCCAAUCCUUUUUCUAAUGAAUUUGGAGAAAUGAACUGGUCUUAACAUUUUUUACUUUUCAUCUUGACAUAGCAUUUCACAGUUGAAAAUAUAAACAGUUUUAAAUUUUUGUUUUCUGUUGUUUGUCUCAACUAUCAGCUGGCUGUCCAAGAAAUAACCAGUUAUCAUCAAUUACACUGCAUUUCAGUUUCACUUCAUUGUAUUAGUCAUGCACCAGUUCACCCAGAUGCUACCUUAGUCAUAGUUGAAACUUUGUUUUGAAUACUUUAUUGUUUAUUGUUUAUAGAUCUGAUGAGUUUUGACGAUUUGUCAUCUGCCUCGGAGAAGCUGUCUCACCCCACUGCUAACAGACCAAAGAUGCCCGGUAGGAGGCUGCCAGCUCAGUUUGGAGGAGGACAUUCGGUGAGCACAACAUCACAUCUAUGGACCCUCUGAUUGAUUUAUCAGGAGUGACAGUAUGCCGACUGAAGCUGAGAUCACAGAGAUGUGUCAAUCUGCACAAUAGUUGUUGAAAUCCUACUCAAAAUGCAUUUAAUCUUCAAAAUGAAUUGUUGCAAAAUUACAUGAGUCAGAUGUCUAUAAGUCUCUUAUAUAUUUGUCUUUGUACCAAAUUUCUUUCACUCGCCUCCUUUUCAGAUUGAUUAUCUCUCCAUAAAUUUUCCAUGUCUGGCUCUCUGUAACCUUGCGCCUCCUGUCUUUCACUCACACUCUGUCAACCUCACUCUUAUUCACACCCAGAGACGUGUGAGGAUGCAGUAGCUUCUCCCAUGUAGUUUCUGACACCAAAAGCCUUUUUCUGUUUUUUUUUUUUUUAAAGAAAAAAACAUAAACACAAUUUGAACUAUGACAGCCACUGCACCACAGUAUGAGACAUACCCACUUAACAGCAAGCCCCUCCAUGCUGGGGCUCCCUCUCCUUGUAUCACCUUUUAGAGCAGAGAACUUUUCCAAGACAUACAUCACUUGAUAUUCUGCAGGAUAAAUACUGUGAAUUUACUGUUAGAUGUCAUGAUGCUUAGACACUUCGAAGAGUAUGAUUGGUUAAAAAAAAGUGAAAAAAAACACUCUUCUCUUGCAGCCCAACAAAGAAGUGAAUGUGGAAAAAUCUUUCAGGAGUGAUGAAGAGGAUUCAGCCAAACCAAAGCUUACGGAGCCCAGAAAGGUAAACAAAUGUGAACAUUGCAAAAGCAAUUUAAGUUGCUCCAAAAUGCUGUUCAAAUAUUCGUUCUAAAAAUCACACAUAGGUUCAGACAUAAUCGAAUAUCUCGCUCACACAACUUGUAUAUAACUUUAGCUUUUAACUUUUUAACUUUUGUUUUAACUUUUUUAUAACUUUAUCUCGCUUAGCAUUUUUCCGUUUACAUCGUCUGCCCAAAUAGGAAGAAUUUCCAAAAGGAGCUUCUAAAGUUUGUUGAAGUCCAGACCACUCUCUUUUCACAUUGAAAUCUCAUUUUUUUAAAAAUAUUUGUAUAUAUAUUCGAAUUUAGAAUAUUCAUUGACAACCCUAUGCUAUACAAAUAAACUUACCUCGCCUUGGUGUAAAGCUGACAAACACAAGCCAUGUCAUGUCAAAUCUGAUUUAUAAAACACAUUUUAUACUCAGAGAAAACACAAUGUGCUUCACAAAUACAACACGUGAAAGUACAAAUAAUAUACUCUCGCAAACAUUCACCCACACAUACAUAACAACAAGCCACUAAUUGGCACCUACCAGAUAAGGAAAUCAUUUUCUGCAGUGUGUCCAGGUGAGACAAAUUUAAGCAAGGAGAGAACAGCGAAAGCGAACAGAAAAAAACAUGGAAGGAGAGCCAGUGGACUGCUGCAUGUGGUUAAUUGCCUAAGAUCCUAUCAAGACAUGAUUUGUCACGGUAAACCUUGACUUAUUAAGUCCACUCUUUCAGCUCGGAGGACAUAACAUGUGGCCACCUUGUUGUUGUUGAUAACAAAUACCCACACACAGACAGACAGACAGAAGAAUCAGAAUAAAGCUUAGCUUGGAGCACUCAUAACCCAGUAGAUCAGACUUUCAGAAGAAGAAGAAAUUAUGGGACAUGACCGACAAUUUGUCUUAUCUUUUCAAAAUGAAAUUCUGCCCCCUCGUAAAAAGUGACCUGUGAGGGUUAAGAACAAGAGCUGAAAAAUAUGCUGGCCCUCCAGGGGAGUGGAGAAUGCAGCUGUUGAAUCCCGUGCUUAAACUCAACAACGGGGAGUUAUAGGGGGAGUAAGGAAAGGAAAGGCGCACCAUAAUCAUACCAAAAAUGUUUGAUUGAAAGAAUAUUAAAAUAAUAAUAAAUGUUUAGUGUUCCUACAAAUGUAGAAGAAAUAGUGUCGGACGACUCCUCUUCUCAGUUAGACCGACACGAUUCUCAAAACAAUUCGAGCCCCCCUGGUAAAGAAAGGGUUCAAGCUCCAGUUUAGGUGUUUCAAUUGGGAUCUCCUUCAGGUGUAAAAAGUUUAUUGGAUGAUAAUGAUGUGGAAAACAUCAGUGCAUUCUUCAUUUUCAGGGAUUUAUCAUGUGGUCGUCCAGCAAAGAAUAUAACCUGUUAUAGCUCAAGGAUUAAAAUCUAAAAGUCGAUGUUUUCUCCAAAGUUUACCGGUCUUUAUUUAAAAAAAAGACAAUGUCCGCUGAGUUCUUACGAUAAACCUCAGUCUGAUUAAUUCUGUCUUCAUUUUCUUUAUCUCCACAGCCUUCAACAAACAACUUACCCCCAUCUCCAUUGCCCAGUAAGGCUGUCUCGACCAGCGUUGACGCCAAGCCGAAUCCAGCACCAGCCCCCGUCUCAGACAGCGUGUCACAGGGUGGCAGGGUCCAGCUGGAGUCUGACUAUUCCAGCUCCCAGCUGGAUGAACUGAGGAGCCAGAUGAAGGAGUUGCUGAUGACUGUCGAACUGCUGAAGGCCCAGCAAAUGUAAAAAGAUGUCAGAUAAUAGAUGGGUCUUUAAACGCCUGAUGAAAAGUCCACAAGCUUCUACAGUCAAUAUCUCAUCCUUGUCCUUGUCCAUCCUGACCUCAUCCAGUCUGCUUUAAAAGAUGAAGAAAUAGCUUUUCCUUUUGUUGAAUCAUAUGAGUAAUGACUCAUACAAGCAUCAAGCAGGAUGCAGAUCUUUUAACAGUCUAAAAACCACUGAGCUAAUUUUAUGUAAUCAUGUAAAUACAAGUAUUUCAGUGAAUAAAACCUUUUUUUUCAGAUAUAUGUAUUAAAGAAACCCACAUUAAUUAGAUAAAGGAGUUUGUACUUUGCUCAAAUUCUGCAACGCUUUACAUCUUCUGAUGACUGUGUGUGUGUUUCUCUCCAGGAAAGAGAUAGCAGGGCUGCGUGGAGAGCUGGAUGAGGAGAAGCUGAAGCGCGUGGCCUUGCAGGUAAUAUUGAUCCUCUUAGCGGUGCAUGCUGAGCUGUCUAUAUCUAUUUUCUUCAUUUUGUUAGCCACAUAUUGACAUGCCCGCUUCAUACGCAAACAUCUCGACAAUUACACUUAACUUCCAGCACAAAUUUAACACAAUGCAUGACAACUUCCUUUAUUCUUGAAUUAGAGCGGUCAGAAGCUAAGGAGAGGGAGGAAAAUGUGAUCAAACACGACAUGUAACAGUUAACUAGUGAUGAGGACAUUAAGAGGCAUUAAGAUGUACAUGUUGUAUGUUUCUCAGUGGUCUUUAAACUGUGAUUAUGAAGUUUUUAGCCAAAAUCACGUUACCUGUGCCGUUUUCAAGGGCUUUUCUUCUGCAGAGCUCCAGUAGAUCAUUAGCAAUUCGCCUCUAAGUCGUGGGUGGAGACAGCGCUGCUCUGCACACUUCUCUUUGAGUUAGCUCGCAGCUUAACAUUGGUGGUGUAGUAGAAGAAAUGGGUAACAUAGGAGCAAUUCAAGCUCUCGGACACUAUUGUCUUUUGGGGCAUUAUGAAAGCUAAUAUCAUAAUUAGCUUUUUUACAAGCAUUUUAAUCCGUUAAUGCAGACGCUUGUUCCGCGAUCGUCCUUUCUAUUGCGGCGUUUGAGUUACCACAUAAGUCAGAUGUCUGAGCUGAAAAUGAUGUCACACCUGAGUUACCAGCAUUUCAGUUACCAUGUUGGAAAAAUGCAAACUUGGAGCCCUAAAAACAAGAUGGCUACAUCUACGAAAGUUAUUUUAGCGCUUGCCUUAUAUUCGGACAAGGCAAUUGCUGAAAUAAAUUUCGUAGAUGUAGCCAUCUUAUUCCGCCUCCGAUUUUGCUUUUUUCCAACUUGGUAACUGAAACUGUAACUUAGGUGUGACGUCAUUUUCAGCUCCGACUUCUGACUUCCGAGGUAACUCGAACGAAGCAUAUUUCUCCAAGCCUGGCCUGCAUAGCGGGGCUUCAGGGGUGUAGCUUGGAUUGGUUAUGUAGGAAAUCUCACUGUAUCUGAUCGUGCUGUUACUCAGAAAUGCAAUUUCGCACUUCUUUUUCUCAUAUGUCCUGUAGCAUCAGAAAAAUGCCUUAUGAACAUUGUAGACAACAGGAAAAACAUGAUCUUCAUCGGAGCGGAUCUUUAACCUUUUUUGUCUUUGCAGGUGGAGAUAGAAAAACUUAAGCGGACCAUACAGUCUACGUGA